GGCUUUCAGCAUCAGGGAGAAGCGCCCCAUCUCUCUCGUCUGCCUCGACUUCUGGUCGCUGGAGCAUCCUCCCCCUGUCCACUCGACCGCCGCCGCCGCCGCAUCCAAGACUCCUCCCUCCCUCCCCCGCCGGCCGUCAGCCACCUCGCCUUCCCCUCCCCGACUCCGUCACUCCGGCCGCCGCCUGCCCAUCUGGUCCUGCUCGGCCGCUCAAGACCUAACCGGCUCCUCCCGCCGUUGUCCUCCCAGUUUCCUCCCGGGAGGCUCCGGCUCCUACGGUCGCCACUCUCAGACUGCGUCACCGGCGCCGCCUCGCCCGCGCGCGCUUCGUGUACGUCAGAGAUGGCGGACGAAUCAUUUUUCAACAGGAUGGUCUCCCAGCUUCGGUCGAAAUCCAAGUACUACACUGGAUAUCCCAAGGAUCUAGGGCCGUCAAGGAUUAUACCAUUCACCUCUGAGCGCCAGUUUGUGCAGUUAUUACAUGAAGGACGGCCUGUGGUUGUGGCCUUCACUAUUAAGUGCACUUAUACACAGCAUCUGGACAAAGUACUGGAGGAAGCUGCUGCUACAUUUUAUCCUCAUGUAAAGUUCGUUCGGGUGGAAUGUCCAAAGUAUCCUAGUUUUUGCCUUACGAGGCAGAAGACCGAGUAUCCAUUUCUUGAAGUAUUUUACAACCCAGAACAGGCUGCUAACCCAGGAAAGAUUGCGGAUCAGAACAUCACAAAGUAUUCCGCAAAAGUUCUACCUUUCAACUAUGACCAGAGCGUAUAUGGAUUUCGAGAAUAUUUCAAGAAGUACGGAUUCAAGUACUCUGAAACAAACUAGGUCUAUCAUGGAGAAGCCCUGCAGAGCUAACCGGACCAACUUGCAUGAGUCCGGCUUUUUGAACGUACCAUCAGCGUUAUGGUUCUACCGUGUUCAAGCAUAUCCAUGAACAAAUAUGAAAUGUUCUAUUAUUAUAUAUUAGCCUUCCCUGGCAAAUGGUUGAAAACAUGGCCAAGCUGUUAGCUAGGUUUCCACUAUGCUCAAGAGUGAGUAGAAGAAUUUCUGGAUGUUGCAUGUUGUGUUUCAUGGAAUGUCUAAACUGCGAUUCUCAAUUCACUAUUAUUAAGUUCGGUGGCUCACAUUACAGAACCUUUUGGAUUGGGAUUCAAAA